GAGAGGGGGUAAGAGAGUGAGAGAGUGUGUAAGAGAGAGAGUGUAAGAGAGAGAGAGAGCUUGGACAUUGCUCUGAGGAUUCUGUACUUCUGACGGAGAGCCCGGCAUGACUGGCGGGCUGGACAGGGACAGGUGCACUGCAGCAACAGCCCAACUACUGGAGCUUUAAGAGUCGCAGCCCGCGGCAUUCCCAGUCCACCCAGUCUGGGUUGGCCGACCAGGCCGCCAAGCUCUCCUUCGCCUCGGCCGAGUCCCUCGAGACCAUGUCUGAGGCGGACAUGCCCAUGGGCUUCAACCGCAUGAACCGAUUCCGCCAGAGCCUGCCCCUGUCUCGCUCCGCCAGCCAGAGCAAGCUCCGCUCACCAGGCGUGCUCUUCCUGCAGUACGGCGACGAGACCCGCCGCGUGCACAUCACCCACGAGCUGAGCAGCCUGGACACGCUGCACGCGCUCAUCGUGCACAUGUUCCCCCAGAAGCUCACCGCCGGCAUGCUCAAGUCCCCCAACACGGCCAUCCUCAUCAAGGACGAGGCCCGCAACGUCUUCUACGAGCUGGAGGACAUCCGGGACAUCCAGGACCGCAGCGUCAUCAAGAUCUACCGCAAGGAGCCCAUCUACGCCUCCUACCCGGCCGCCGCCCACCUGGCCAACGGGGACCUGAGGAGGGAGAUGGUGUACUCGUCUCGGGACUCCUCCCCCACGCGCCGCCUCAACACCCUCCCCUCCUCCUCCUCCUCCUCCACCCCAAACUCCCCGUCCCGCUCGCGCCUCUCCUACAGCGGGGGGCGCCCGCCCUCCUUCGCCGGCCCGGGGUCCCACCCGCACGCGCAGCAGCAGCAGCAGCAGCACCACCAGCAGCAGCAGCAGCAGCAGCAGCAGCAGCAGCAGCACCACCACCAGUCCCAGCACGGCCACCACCAGCCGCCCAACACGGGCCUCACGCCGUCGCCCAGCGCCAUCCUGGAGCGCCGCGACGUCAAGCCCGACGAGGAGGUGUCGGGCAAGAACAUGAUGCUGAUGAAGAGCGAGGGCCUCUACGCCGACCCCUACAGCCUGGUGCACGAGGGGCGCCUCAGCAUCGCCUCCACCCAGUCGCUGGCCGCCAUCGGGGACCCCUUCAGCUUCCCCGUGACCAGCGGGCUGUACCGCCGCGGCUCGGUGCGCUCCCUCAGCACCUACUCGGCCGCCGCGCUCCAGGGAGACCUGGAGGACUCCCUCUACAAGCCCGGCAGCGGCGGCGGCGGUGGCGGGGGGCCGCUGUACUCGGACGGGUAUUCCUCCGCCACGCUGGGCAUGAGCUUCCGCAUGCCCCCGUCCUCCCCGCAGAAGAUCCCCGAGAUGCAGCUGCGGGGGGACCGGGAUUCGUACUCGAGCUCCCCCAGCCGGGCCUCCCCGGUCAGGCAGGCCUUCCGCAAAGACUCGGCCUCCUCCUCGGUGUUCGUGGAGAGCCCCAAGUCCCGGCCCGGCUCGGGGUCCGACCCCCUGUGUCUGACGGCCGGGCCCGGCGAGGGCGGCCGGUCCACCCCCGGGUUCGGGAACUCCAUGUCUGGCCCGGACUCGGACUCUAACAGUAGGGAUCAGCGCCUGGAGCGCAUGGAGGCCAUGGAGAAGCAGAUAGCCAGCCUGACCGGCCUGGUGCAGAGUGUACUGACACGGGCUCCAGACAGUGACAGCACAUGCGGCCUGCUGCGUCUCUGCAUGAUGGCGGGCUGCCCUCCGGACCAAGGUGCCGAGUUCUCACGGCCCUUACCUUUUUCUUCCAGCGACAAGACAGAGACUAACAGCGAUGGCUCCGCAACCGGAACUGGACGACUGAAGCGGAAAGCUCACACACCGUCGGGCCCCCUGGCUCUGAUGCCGCCGCCCCCCUUCAGCAACGGCAGCCGCGUGCAGAUGCAGCUCCACCUACAGGACCUGCAGCACAACGCCACCGACCUGCGGAAGCAGCUCUCGCAGCUGCGCAAGAUGCAGCUCCAGAACCAGGACUCGGUGAAGACUCUGCUGAAGCGGACCGAGACGGAGCUGAGCGUGCGCGUCGCCGACGCUCUGAGGAAGCAGGAGGACCCACUGCAGAGACAGCGCCUCCUGGUGGAGGAGGAGAGACUCAAGUACCUCAACGAAGAGGAGCUCAUCAUCCAGCAGCUGCACGACCUGGAGAAGUCUGUGGAGGAGCUCCAGAAGGAGGCGUCAGUCAGCCACAAGCUGGCUCCUGUACAGGAUCUGGAGGAGAAGGCUGCCCUGAUCAGGAAGCUGGGGGAGACGCUCACAGAACUCAAGAACCAGUUCCCAGGCCUGCAGAGCAAGAUGCGGGUGGUGCUGCGGGUGGAGGUGGAGGCGGUGAAGUUCCUGAAGGAGGAGCCCCACAGGCUGGACGCGCUGCUGAAACGCUGCAAGACCAUGACCGACACCCUGGCCAACAUGCGCAAGCAGGCCGGCGACGGCGUGUGGAAGAAGCAGGAGGACUUCUCCAGCCCCUCUGCCAAGCGUGGCGGCGAGGACUUCCGCAAGGGCCACGCCGACUUCGACCUCCCCACCAGCCCCCCGCUGAGCCUCAGCGACAUGGGGGGCGGCGGCGGGGGCGGCGGGGGCGGGCUGAACAGCCUGGCCAACUGGAGCCUGCACACCAGCCACAGCCACGGCUACGGGGUGCCGCCGGGGGCCUCCCACAGGGAGAGCCACCACCCCCCCGUGCCCCACAAGGGCCGGGCCCUGGAGGAGCUGGAGCGCCGAUCGUCCAGCGAAAAGGCCUCCUCGGUGGAGGUCCGCCUGGCGGCUGAGCGGGACUGGGAGGAGAAGCGGGCCAGCCUGACCCAGUACAGCGCCCAGGACAUCAACCGCCUGCUGGAGGAGACCCAGGCCGAGCUCAUGAAGGCCAUCCCCGACCUGGAGUUUGCCGCAAAGCAGAUCAAGCCGUCGGCCGCCGCCAACAGCACGCCGUCGCCCCAGCCCUCCGGCGGCCACCCGGAGCACCGCGCCAGCAAGCCCCAGCACAGCAAGCUGCCCGGGAAGGAGCCCGGGUCCCGACGGGGCUCAGACGAGCUGUCGGUGGGUCGGUACCGCACCGAGAAGCCCUCCAAGUCUCCGCCCCCUCCCCCGCCACGCCGCAGCUUCCCAUCAUCCCCCGGCCUGACCACCCGCAGCGGGGAGAUGCUCAUCCCUGGCAAGAGCAUCAAGCAGAAGACCGACUCUGAGGAGAGUGAGAGCCAGAAACCCCACGUGAAGCUGAGGAGGGCGGUGUCGGAGAACCAGCGACCGGCCUCCACGCCCCCCACCCUGGCCUCAGGGGACCGGGAGGAGACGGAGGAGGACAAGAUCGCCGCUGAGCUGGAGAACAACUCGGCCGUUGGGAAGCAGCUCCACUCCACGGCGGCAUCCCGGCUCAAACACCUUCAGCAGAACAGCACAGACAAGAGCAAGUCUGGAAGCAAAAGAGAGGAUUUCCUCAAGAGCCAGGGCCAGUUGCAGUGAGAGAUGCAUCCCAGCCUCAGCAUCUUCAGCAUCUUCAGCGCCUGACUGCAGAGAGACUGCGCACAUUCAUCAGCCUUGCUCUUAUCCCCCCCCCCCCCCCUGCCACUCUCAUUUUUUUUACCUUUUUGUCCCUUGGGGGGCCGGUCUUGAACCUCAGAACCUCCCGCUGUCACUCACUCCCCUGUGUAGGUGUGUGUGUGUGUGUGUGUGUGUGUGUGUGUGUGUGUGUGUGUGUGUGUGUGUGUGUGUGUGUGUGUGUGUGUGUGUGUGUGUGUGUUGGUGCGUGCGUGCGUCAGCUUACGUCUGCAUGUUACAUUUCGCUGUGCUCUGAUAGAAGAGCGAGAGAAGAGAAGAGUUUGUGUGUGGGGGGGGGGGGGGGGGGGGGGGGGCUGGGAUUUGAUACUACCAGUUCAUCGCUGGCAUUAAAGAAGACACCACUUUGAGUUGACCACUCCUGUAUGUACGCCCUCCCCCCCCCCCCCCCCCCACCUCACACUCCGGCACUCGCCCCGUUCCUUCCUCCGCUCCCGAAGGCCUCGGAGACCACCGUGGAAGCCCACCUGGCCGGGCGACUCGCGGGCUCCUUCUCUGAGCGCCUGCCCUUCGGACGGGUGGUCCUCCCGCCCGCCCUGAGGAGGGGCUCCCAGGAGCCCGCGCUGUCCCAGCUCACGGCCACGUCCAGCCAGGCCAGGGCGCUGCUGGCGAGCCUGUCCGCCAACGGCCUGAGUGCGGAGGCUCUGCUCCUCUCCUCGGCCCUCCGCCAUCACCGCCGCCUGCUCAUGGAGAAGGCGGCCGCCUCCUCCUCCUCCGUAUCCACCUCCUCCUCCUCCGUAUCCACCUCCUCCUCCUCUUCCUCCCCACCUACCCCUGCUCUGCCAGCGGCCGCCUCCUCCUCCUCCUCUUCCUCGUCCUCCUCCACGCCCACUGUGCCGUCCACGUCCCCCAGCUCCUCCACCUCCGCCUCCUCCUCCAGCCCCCCCUCCAGCCCACCCUCCCUCUCCUCCCUGGGGGGGGAGGAGAGCAGCUGCAGCAGCAGCAGCAGCAGGGGAGCAGACAGCUCUGCCCCCCCCCGGCUCCAGGGAGCAACAGGAGAGCCAGUUCCACCACAGGGAGCUGGAGGGUGCGAGGAGUCGAUGAAGAUAAGAAGAAUGCACGUUUGAAGCACCAACUCUUGGCAGAUGUGAGGGAAAUCCAAUCACAGAUAAUGGAGUCAAUGGAGAUUUAGUGACGCACAAUUAAUGUUUGGUGGGGGGUAGGGGGUGGGGGGUGGGGGGGGACUAUUGAAAGCCUUACUUCAUGUUGAACUCCAAAGACCGUUUGGACAUUUGUUUCGUACCCCAGUUUUUUUUUCAUCCCACCAUGCUGGUAGAUCUGAUUCAAUGAGAAAACUCCAUCUUUACGUGUUUGUCCUACUGAUCUCCUUCUUGGCUGUUUCUAUUGGUCGGCGGAUCUGCCACACAAUCGUACUGCCAGUUUGACCACCCAGAAAGCACACAAAUCGGCACAAAGCUCCCGCCCUAGGCUACUCCCAUUUGAUGGAUUCUGGAUGCUCACAGCAGGGAUUGCCGGAAUAGUCCUAAAUGCACUUUUGGCCUUUGCUUCAAUUGCCAUAACUCGCUCCCUCUCGCUCAAUGGAUUGUUAGUGGACUAGCUGUACUAUCUAAGCUGUAACUUGUAUCAUAGACUAUAGAGUUGCAAUAAUCAACGAGUGAAUACCGUAAUUGUAUGUUGUACCAGAAUAUCAAUAUCAAUUUAAUUUAUAUGAUGAAACGCCUCGCCUAACGUGAGCCUGCUCAGAAAAACAAAACAAAGUAAAAAAAAAAAAAAGUGCAUAAUAAUAAUAACAAUGAUAAUUGAAGUGGUUGUGUUCAAGCUGUUUUGUGGUGAAAAGGGUCUAAGGGGUGUUCUCGCAUCUCCUGCUCUGAACUCUGGAUCGGUGCUGGGUGUCGGGUCCUCCAUGUUUGUACACACGGCUGUGUUAAAGCGUUUACAUGACCUCUGCUUUAUCUCCACUGUCUAGUGAGCUCGCUGGGGUAAAUCGGAUCAGUUUGUCAAUUCAUCACUGCGUUGAUCAUAUCUCCAUUGCACUCUCUGUCCAUUUCUCCCUGCAAAGCGAGGCCGCAGCAUCAGAAGAUUCCCUCUGAAAAAGGGUUGAUGUUGAGGUAUUUUCCUUCCUAAGGAGUUUAAAAUCAAAAGUGGUCUGUUUUCAGAAUCAAAUUACUUUUUCUUUUUUUUUGAAAGAGCAUGUUUGUAUCCACUGGUAAUAUAAUAGCACAGGUUUCUAUAUUAUACAAAGCACUUGAAAAGUGAAUAGGUGUAAUCCUAUUUAUCCGAUGACAGAAGAAGUCGACAAAUGUAGAAUUGCUGUACAUUUGUAUUAAUAGGGAUUUUAUGACAAUCAGGAUUCCCCUCACUCAUGCAGGUUUUGGUCUACCCUGCCAUUCGAAACAGCAGAAUCCCCACAAAACAUCACAAAGUAUUAGCACACAUUGGUGACCCACACGUACACCUCACUAUUCUGAAAAUACGAUCUUCGAUUUUUCCCAAUUGAUGUCAAGUAGUCUAGUCCAGUCAAAAACAAACGUACGAUAGAGAUAUGUACUGCCACAUUGGUAUGGUAGCACGGAAUUAAGCACAAAGUGAUGCAUUUUUAAUGGCCUCCCUUGACUGAAGUUGGUCUUACAUAUUGCUGAAGAUAGUUACGUAUAAAAUGUUAUGUCCCCUAAAAUAGAAACUCUUUAUCCCAUUUAACUAAUUUAUGAAUCUAGUCUUAAACAAUACGCACAACGCUACUGCAAUGAAGUCGACACAUAAAAUAAAGCACACAUUUACAACUCUUCAUUAACGUGUACCUAGUAUAAGCUGAUAAUAGAGUGAUAUGUCGUUACACUUAAAGCUCUCUGAAAUGUGCGAACUAAACUUGCAGUAAAAAGCCUGUCAGUGUUCAGGCUCGAUUUUUUUUUUUUACUCGAGACAAGAAAGUCGGGCCUGUAUUGAACACCGAAAGAACAGGAAAAUAGACAUUGUUUGAGAGCGAGUACGAAGGCGGGUUCCAAGAACGAGGCAGACUUUCGACUCGCCUCUAAACGGAUGGUCUUCACAUAAACAAGAGGAGAGGGAGUUCAAGGUUGUGGGAUGGUUUCAGAACAGUUUCAGAACAGUGUUUCUUUUCUCCACCCCACCUGUUUCACUCCACCCUCGUUUUGGUUGGUUGAAUUACCGCUCGACCAAAGGUCUUUCUAGGACAGCUGUUGACAGUUCUCCCUUGUAUGAAUCUACGUGGGCAAUGUGCACCCCUGAACCAGACCGGUCUUCGUCUAUGAGACCCUGUGCUUUGAACCAUAGCCUUUAUUGCAUCUUUUCAAGCAUUCCUUCUCUCAUAAGCCUUCUCCUACAGACCUAAUACCUAAUCAGUAUUAGAUCAACGGAUACACUGACAAUAUAACCUGAUUCAAAUCCAAAGACUGGAAAUGGGCACCAAGUGUUCACAUCACAACUUAAGGAGUCAUUCUAACGUGAAGCAGGCUUCAGACAUUGACAUUGUCCAGGGGCACGCACACAGUUUACAAAAAAUAUUAUACAAAUAUAUAAAUAUAUAUACAUAAAGCGGCAAGGCUCACAGCACAGCAAUGCCCUGUAGUUAUGUCCAGAUCAGCCUUGCCUUUCCGGUUGAGUGGAACCAAAUGAAAUGAAAUUCACUUACUCGUGUUUUCCCACACUCCACACUCCACUCCCAGAAUCCACAGUUUGGCACAUUUAUGUUCUGGAGGGGUGGGGGGGAGCGAGCGAUGGAUAGGGGAAAGGGACUUUGUUUUUGUUUUUGUUUAAGCUCGACUACUUUUCGCUAAAUAUAGUCCAAGAUGAACCUCUCCUCGCUCCUCUCCUCCCCACUCUCCUCCUCUCUCCUCUCUCUUCUCUCUGCUUUGCAUAAAAGUGCUCUCUGGGAUAAUGUUUGAGUUUGGCUUGUGUGUCCCGGGCUGUGCUAGCGCCAUGGCUGCAGGCUCACCAGAGUGUGUUUUGAAGAUGCCGACACCCCCUCCCCCCGCUGGCAAUCGGAAACUCCUCCUCACUAAAAACUUGAAAUGAACAGCGACGCAAUGCAGAAAAUGACACAUAAAUAUAUCUAGAGUGAGGUUGUUUGUUUAUGAUCCUAUUAUAGUUGUGGCGGAAAAAAGUAAAAUAAAAAUGUGAUAUACAUACAUAGACCUAGGUUGAAAUAUAUAAUGUCAAAUGUCCUCAUCUUUUGAGUUUUAUAUAUAUAUUAGUGGCCGUUCUUUGUACAGAUACUUUCUUUUUUUAUGUCAUCAAGAGAAGAUAACACAUUUCACAUGGGUGGUCUGUUUAUUCAUACACAAGACAUAUUUUAUAAAUGUAUGAUUUAAAUAUAUGAUCUGUAUAGACAAUACAUACUCUCUGUAAUAUACGUACAUACUUCCUCACUUCUUUUUUUACUUUAACUUUAGCCCUUUAUUAGCCAGUAGCCCAGUUUCAUUUCCCUCCAUCGCUGAAUGCCCUCCGCAACCGCUCUCCGACUCUGAACAAUGGUCGAGCAUCACAGCGUUGCUCCAUGAAGACACAGCAGGCUUACCAAGCAGGAACCAAACCUGUGCUAUGGGGGCUUUCCUUCCUGCUGCAUGGUUUUUGUUUUUUGAGACGAGAGGGGAAUUCAUUCCUCUCUCUAUCGUUUUCAUUUUGUAUUUGACUCACUCCUAUAACGGAAAUCUUGGUGGUUCAAGCUGUAUGCCUGAGGCUAGCCGUGAAACAUGCACACUGUGGAAACUUUAUGGUAGGUAGGAGGUGGGGUUUGAUUCAUUGUGAGAAUCAAGGCCCUCUGAUAGGUUGAUGUAGACUUGUCUGGCUUUAAUUCUCCUCUCUAUUCCAACAAGGUUUUAGAUGGAUGAGGAUGGAUGUGAAGAAUGUAGGUGUUGUUGAUCGACAGUGGGAGCUUACAGAGGGAACCGACUUUUCCCCAGGGUCAAAUGUUGUUAUUCUUUGUGUUCCACAGUGAAUUUACCAACAGGAAGUAACAAGACAACCGACAGGAAGUCCUUUAAACAUAACCCCAGUACAAACAUGGAUUAAGUCAAGGGAAUCGUAUUAAUUUGUAAUGUUCACCCGUUUCUUAAGACCAACCUUACGUAGUAUGUGUAUGAACUUUUUACAUGAGUGUGUGGAUGUUCCAAAAAACUUGGCAUCGGAAAACAUCAGUGAACAACAAAACAAAAUCAAUGUGUACAUAGACCAAGUCAUUCCUAGCAAGCUCAGCAAUGUCUUGUCCAAAAUCAAUUUUUAUUAAUGAAAAAAUAAGACCAUGGGUACUAAAGUAUAUACAAAAACAAUGCAUGUAUAGUCUCAAGCAAUUGCACGGUGCAGUUGAAAAAUGUUGUCUAUGUGUUAUCAAAAAAUAUAUGAGAGAAAAAGUUGGAGAAAAUUAAGAGGUUUUUAAUAUUAAUGGUUCACAGGUGUAGAGAAUGAAACAUUAUUUCGGUGUCUGGGACACAGGCAUGCUCAGUCUAAUGUGUUGAUGAUGAUGACGAUGAUGAGGAAGAUGACGAUGAUUUGAAGAUAAUGACAAAGAUUGUGAAACUUAAGUAAUGCGUGAAUGGAAAGUAUUAGAGCUUCGACGCACCCCAAACUUAAAAAAAAAUCACCAACUGGUGUAACUCUUCCCAUGGAGGGAUUUUCUCCCAUUUUUUGUAGAUUAGUGUGAUAUACGAACAGAAUAAUAUUACCGAAAAUAGAUCUAUCAUAUAAGAAUAUAUAAAAUUUAAAAAGCCUACCGAUACUGGAGAUAACUAAUUUAUCAGUGUGGAUGCCAUGAUGUUCUGUGAGAAACGUGUGUUUUUCUUUCCCUGUGAGAAGGUUGGCAGUGGAACUCUGCCUUCUUUUUGUACAUAAUUUGCUGUGUUUGUGUGUCUUAAUAAAGUGCAGCUCUCUUGUACAGUC